GCAGCAAUGAACACACUGAGACAGAAUGAUUUAGAUCAAGGACUGCCGGAAACAGCUAACACUGACUUUCACUGUGACCUGCUUCCGGCAGCACGAAAUGCAUCAACCGAUGCGGAAAAAUGUCAGAGUUUAGGUUAUGGCUUUGUUAACUACAAAUACCCUAGUGAUGCAGAAAAGGCAAUCAAUACUUUAAAUGGAUUGAGAUUACAAAAUAAAACAAUAAAGGUGUCAUAUGCAAGACCCAGUAGUGAAAGUAUUAAGGGAGCUAACUUGUAUAUAUGUGGGUUACCAAAGUCAAUGACCCAGCAAGAUUUGGAGCAGUUGUUUUCGCUGUGUGGGAAGAUAAUUACAUCUAGAAUUCUUUAUGAUAGUAAUACAGGCUUAUCCAAAGGUGUUGGCUUCAUCCGAUUUGAUCAACGAAUCGAAGCUGAAAGAGCUAUCCAAAAAUUACACGGUACCAUUCCUGAAGGAGCAACUGAACCUAUUACUGUAAAGUUUGCUAACUCUCCAAGCUCAAAUAAAAAUGCUGUACCUCUAGCUUUAGCAGCUUCAUAUUUAUCACCAAGUAGGAGAAUCUUUGGUCCAAUUCAUCAUGCUGCUGGAAGAUUCAGAUACUCACCAUUGGAAGCUAGUCUACUGCCAGGAACAAUACUUCCAGGGAAUGCUCUAAAUGGCACUGGUUGGUGUAUUUUUGUAUACAACCUUGCACCAGACACUGAGGAUGAUGUACUUUGGCGUCUCUUUGGACCAUUUGGAGCUGUGCAAAAUGUGAAAGUGAUUCGUGAUUUUCAAACACAGAAAUGCAAAGGUUAUGGGUUUGUUACAAUGACCAAUUAUGAAGAGGCAUUGAUGGCUAUACAGACACUCAAUGGAUUCUUACUCGGCACACGGGUGCUACAGGUAUCAUUCAAAACGAAUAGCCGUAAAUCCUAAGACAUGAAGGAGAAAAAAUAUCCUGAUGGACUCCUAGUCAGAGAUGUGGUCAUAGAUGCGGACUUUUUUGCUGGUGUAUUCCAUGCCAUAUGGCCUACAGUCAUCCGCCAUAUAAGGCAUAUCAGAUUUAAAUCAAAACACCAAAGUAUAUUGGAAGUGAAAGCCAUUUGUGUUCAUAUCAGCAUAAUUUAUUUAAUUCUGGUAUAUAUUAUUUUGACUUAUUUAAUGACACUUUGUCCCAUAGUUUAACUUAGUCAAGCAAACGGGCAGAAAUUGGUAUUUUUUGUUUGUUUAUUUUCUUUUGCAUUAUUUAUUGUUUUCCAAAGUAUUGCAUCAUUAGUUGUCAGUAUUACAGUUUCAUUCUGUUAAUAUUUUUUUUUUCUGUCUUUCUUUGUUUAUUUUGUGGCUCACUAAUUUAUCGUUAUUAAAUUUUUUUCAUUAUUUUGUCUGGUUUGUUGCUUUUUUUUUUCAUUGCAUGCUGCUUUUUCACUAAUAGUUUGUUUGCCAUUUUAUUUAUUUCUUAGUAAAGCUGCUUUCUUUUUUUUCUUUUUAAAUUAAAAAAAAAAUAACGUUGUAAAAGAAAUAGUUUGCUUUAGUAAUUCUGUCUUUUAGUUUAAUCUGUACUUUUACAUCUGUUAUUUGUGUAGUAAUUUCUACUUUCAAAUUGAGUGAACUGUGUGACAGUCCAUAUAAGUUUACUAAUUAUUUAUACUGAAUUUCUUCCCUUCCCCCUCAAUGUGCAAAAUGUGAUCUCAUUAUCUUUACUGGCUGACCACAUCCAGUGACAUUUUAUUAUAAUUUUAAAAUCUCUAUUUCAUCUUCAUGAAAAUGAUGCAUGACAUAAAAAAAUACAGCUGCUACCAUGACAUAACUUGAUAUUAAUCUUUUUAGCAUUUUACUUCUCCAUUAGCUCAACUAAGAACUUCAAGAGGGCUCAACCAAAAUUACAGAGAAACUGAACAUGAAAGCAAGAAACCUGUUGGGAAGUAUUGUUCUGCUCCUCUAGUUAUCUAAUUUAUCAGGAUAUUCCCAUUUAAAGCUAUCAUCUGGCAUCCGUCCAUAAGAACUUCUGAAGAGAAAAAUUCUUUUUGGAUGACUGUCAAUUUAUGAAAAUUGUCUUUCAUAGGAGACAUGAGGACACGUAUAUAAAGUUUGGUAGUUUAAUUCUCCUCCUGUGGGGAUUUUUCCCUGAAAUUAUAUUUACACUGUGAUUUAUAAAACGUGUUCAUUAGUUCAUUCUUCCCAUACUAAGACUAUUUUGAUACUCUACUGAUGUUCAUCUUUGACUAACACUUGGUGGGUGGACGGGUGGGUAUUUUGUCUGAGAUGCUCAUGAAAAUUCAUUCUUAAUUAUAUUCUACACCAUAUCUAAUGCCUUAGCUAUUGAAUCUCAGCUCUAGCGGCUUUGACUGACUCUCAAAUUUGGAUGGAUACAUUUUUCCCCUCCCUUUUCAACUUCUCAAAAAUCCUUGAGUAUUCUAGAGGUAUAUAUAUAUACACACAUUUAUAUAUAUAUAUAUAUAUAUAUAUAUAUAUAUAUAUAUAUAUAUAUAUAUACAUAUAUAAAUGUGUAUAUAUAUUCACUUGAUACACAGAGGAAAGUUUUGUUAUACUGCAGGACAAUACUUGUAUUCUUUCUCUCUAAUCUCUUUCCUUUCCUUCCUAUCUACAUACGUAAUAUUUCAUUCCAAGUAUUUUCUGCAAUAUUUAAAUUAAGAUUUAUAUUUGAAGAACCGGUUAUAUUUCUGGUUAUAUUCUGUAAAUGUUCUAUUACAAAUCGUUACAAAUGAUAAACUUUUAAGGGUGAAAAAAAUAUUUUGAAUAUGUAUUUUUGAGUUAAGAACUAUCACUCAGGGAAUUGGUUGUCCCAUUCUAGUAAAAUCUAGCAUUAAAACAAACGACUGCUAUACAGUCAGUUUCCUUUUCAAAAGACUGGUGUUAAUGUUUUCAAAAACAAAUUUCCCAUCUAAACAGGACUACUUCCCUUCUACUUGCUGAUGAGAAUAGUGUUUCUUUCUUAUCUAAAAUGGUUUUGAUUCUAAUUUUAAAGACAAAAAAUUUGAAUCUUUUGGCUUCUUGAAGUGUUCAAAAUUAGGUUAACUCUUUGCAUUAUUAUAUUAAUAUCAUUUUUCUAAGUUCUACUUAUUACAUUGCUUUGCAGUUAAAAAUAUACAGUUUCUUUUAUUUUUAAACAGGCAAACUUUUCCUUAGGAAAAUAAUCUAAAUUAAGAUUUUCAAAGGAAUUUGAUUCAAAUGCUUUAACUUGCAAUUUCUUCAAUUCACUUUCAGUAAAUAUUAGUAUGUUAGUACUAUGGUAAUUUAACUUUGCAGAUGCUAUUUAAUAUAAUCUUUAAAAUUAGACUGAAAAUUUGGCAUUGGUUAAAACUUAUUUAAUAAUUUACUGUGUUAUCUCAGUUGAAGAUAUUUCACUGUUAUCUAAAUUUGACAUGUUUCACUGUGGGUAUUCAUUUAUUCCUUUUUUAGACCCAAUUAGACUGAUCUAAUAAUGCUCUUUAAACAUUUCUAGUGUCCUGUUGAGCAGUACUUUCAUUAGUUAUUAAUGUUCAGUCAUCAACUAAAAUUUUUACUUUUUUUUUUUUAAUGUAAAUUAAAAUGAAUAGAUUGAAUUCUUGUUAAUAACUUGAAAGAAAAAGUAAUUUAUAUUCCCAAAUCAGUGGUAAAUGUUUCAUGCCUUCAAAGAUCUGCCUGAUAUGUCCUCUUGCUUAUGCAAUUCAAUAGCUUCUAUUUGAUCAAGCAUCUACUGACAGUAUUUUUCUAUAAAUUCAAUAAUUAUAUAUGUAGCAAAAGUUUAAAGAAUCCUUUACUACAAUACCAAUUGGAAUAAUUUGAUUUUAAAUCUUGAUUCCUUUGCUUUCUACAAAUUUGUGUAAAGCAAUCUUUUAUAAAUGUUAUUUUAUGCCAUACAUCAUUUUCUAUAGAAACAUUUGAAAUACUUUGCAAUGCACAGAACACUUCUUUAUUAUAUUCAGCUCUAAUUCACUUAGUGUUAAUGACUUGUUUUUGAUCCUGACCAGUUUUAUCUUAUAAUUUUCUCUAUCAAUAGAGACCUAUUUAAAAUUUUAAAAAGUCACAAAAAAAGGUUAUAUAAAAAAAAAAGAAAGAAAAAAGAAGCCUGCUUUGAUUGUAAGUUUGACUGUUUAUCUCCUAAAAUCUUAUUGUUUUAAUUCAACAUAUCAGCACUAUAUCUUCGAAACUUUCCUGGGGAAUUAUAUGCAUAAGGCGAAGAAUAACCAGCAGACAAGCCCUUUGUUAGCCAAUCGUGAGUGAAGACUGGUUCAGCUUUUUAUUUAUAAAAAAUUUUUUUUUUUUUUUUUUUUUUUUUAGUGAUGCUAAACAUUUAAACGUUGCAGUUAAUUCCAACUGCUGCCCUAACAGCAUGUUUUUUUGGCAUGGUUGGCUUUAUGGGAGCUGUAUGAAGGGUGAAAGAACAACUCAAAGGUUUGUCAAAUUCACAUGGGCAAAACAACCAAAGAUCUUCCAUUUCAAAUGAUGAUUUUUACAUCCUAUUCAAUUUUAAUGAGGUCAACAUGAAUGUAAAUAUAUACACAGAUCAGGCGAAAUUGAGUUAACAAAGGGUGGAAUGAAUUUGUUGCACACUAUAUCCAUUAUGGAAAUCUGCUGUUACAAAUUUUCCUGUAAAGAUCCAAACAUUCCUGGAAUAGAAUUUAAACUGAUUGCACUUGACCGUGCUCAGCUAAUGAGCCUCUUUGUAUAUAUGACUGGUCUUCAGAGGUUAAUAUUCUAAAGGAAAUAUUCUGCUUUAAAAGGGAACAAAAAAAAAAACUGUAAAAUUACCUUAAAAUAUUUGAUGAACGUAAUUCCAGUUUGUAAAGUUUUUUAUACAUAAUUGAAUAUAUGUUUGGAGAAUAUAUUUGCUCACUUUUGGAGAGCACGAGUUUUCGCAAAACAAAUUGUUGGUCUGAUGUUGAAUUGUGUAUUGUUCUAUUUUAUGAGCCACAAUUCAGGCAUUGGUGUUCGUUACACCCAAUCCCCCUAUUCCCUAAAAAAAACCCCAAAAACUUUUGAUCAAAUGUUCUACAAGAUUUUUAAAAAAAGAAAAAGAAAAAGAUAUGCAAAUCUCCUUUUUAAUGCGGAGAAACUGUGCUGAAAGUGAUCUCAAUUUGUUAAAGAAAAUAAAAAUCCCAAAAAAACCUCAACAAAAUGCUGACAUUUGUUCGUUACUCAGCUGCACACAACAGCUGCUGCUAUCAUACCCAGUGCUGUUACGUGUUGUCUGCAACAUCUUUAAUUAAUAUUACUCCAUACCAUACAGUUUUUAAGAGAUUCAGUAAAUCAGUUUUAAUUAUUUGAUAUUUGUUGCAUUUUUGUAUUGAAGUAAACAAAUUUUCAAGGUCCCACCGUCUUAAAAUUGUGUAUUUAGUAUUAUUAUUAUUAUCAUUAUUAUUAUUAUUAUCAUUAUUAUUACAACAUGUUUCUGAUUUCAAUGUUUUUCAAGACUUUGGAUUUUGUCUUUUACAAUUUCAUUCCAGUUUAGGUAAAGUAAACAAACUUGUGGUAUUUGAAUUGUUUUUGAAUUAGUUAAGUUUUACAGUUGGGGAAAGUUUGUCCAGGAAAUUUUAGAUCCUGACCAUUUACUCUUCUGUAUGAAUUUGCUUCAUGUUGUCUUGUUCUUACUUUUGCGUUUUUCUUCUACUUUGUGAUUUAUCUUGGGGAAAAUCAUUUAACUUCAACCCCAAGUAAUUAUUUUAGUUGGAGCAGCUGGCUGUUAUUUCCUUACUUGUAGUUUUGGUUGUAUUGCUGUUUUUGUAUUUUCUACAUGUCAAAUUAUGCAAUAAAAUUUCUGCAUUCAAAGUUAGUUUGCACUAACGUGUCAGGUAAUCAAUGCAUGAGAAUGGAUGGUUUUCCCUUACCAGUGUUACUUUGAAAAAGUCAACAUUUUCAUAUUUCUGAUGAUCAUCUUACUGCUGUGUAAGUCCUCCAAGAGGCUUGGCUAUUUAAAAGAAGAAAACAUUGCUCAGAUGUCUUUAUGCAAUACAUAUUUGAUCGUGACAUUGUGGGCCUCAAAUAAGACAUUACUGUAACAAACCUGUAUGUUUCUGUCGUUUUUCAUACUUCACAGUUGACCUUCUUUCUAGCUACAAGCAAGCAGACUAAAAUUACAAAGUGAUUUCUUAUGGACAGUAUCCAGAACGACUGCCACUUAGCAAACAUAUGACUAGAUUAACUUCUGAUUGUUCACAAUUGUUGAAGCUAUAAUUUGUUUGUAAUUUCUUGAAAGUUUAAAUAUUGAUAAUUUACUAAGACUAUUUUUCAUUUCAAAUAUGAAUUAUAAUACAAAAGUUAAUUGUUGGUUUCUAUUUUUUACUUUAUUUUUGAAUCCACUUUUUUCUUUUUCUUUUUUUUUUUUUUUUCCUUUUUGCUGUUUAUUUUGAAGUGUGGAAUGUUUUCUCACUAAUGAUAGAAACUUUUUUCUUUCCUUUUUUUUUUCUUUUUUUUUUUUGAAAUCUGACUCAAUAGAUUAAUUGCUUCUUAAUUACACUUAUUUUAUCUGCAGUUGCUUCUGCCAGAAGGUUAUUGUGAAGGAAACAUAAGUCUCGAAUGCUGGAUAACACUCUGUUAUGAGCAUUUGCACUACCAAAUUUGCCCCACUUUGUGGCCUCAAACUGUUGAUUGAUUUCUAUAAGUUGGCUAACGGGAACAUAAAACUCAGUCAUGGGGAAAAUUGUUAUUCCAGCGAUGUAUUACAACUUUUUUUUCCUUUUCACUUUUUAUUUAUUCACCAACCUAUAAACAUUCCAAAUCCAUUUGCACAUUUUAAAAAUGUUUAGUUUUUGUUGGGUAUAAUUGUGGUUAAAAUAAAUUAGAAGUAUUGUUUCUUUAAUCCCAUAAACAGCUGAUUUAUAUGAGAACAUACAUUCCAAAUAUUUUCCCCACUUGCCAUUUUUUUUAAAUAUUUCAACAUCUUUUAGAUACUUUAUACUGACUAAAACAUUGUGCAAUACAAAUUUUACCUGAACAUCAUGUUUCAGGGUUCCAAUGUUUCAGUUUUAAGUGGCAGACAAUAGAUUGGUUGAGAAAAAAAAUGAAUUGUAUUCAGGUUGCUUAUCCGUUAAUGAGCCAUAAUUAAAUUUUGCAGGCAAUUUUUUGAAACCAAUAAAAUAUUUAAUUGAAAAAAAUACCAUUUUCUAUUUUUGAUACAUUCUUUGCCUUUUUCUAUUUAAAAAAAUUCCUUGUCUUGUCUUCUUGAAAGAAAACCCAGCUUCUACAAAGUUCAGUUGUCUAAACAUUCAAGUUAAAUUUACUUGCUGGAUGUCAGAUUUUAGGCUGAAUAGUAUAAUUACUAAGAAUCUUACUUUAGCUGCUUUUACAGUCGCUUCUCUUGAAAAUUAAUGGUGUAUAUAUACCUAUAGACUUCCUCAAACUAUGUGAUUUUUGCAUAGUUAUUGUCAAAUUUCAAUGUAGCAUAUUUAUGAGUACAUAUAAUAAAAUUAUAUUAAUGCCUUCCAAUAUUUGAUAUUUCGGGACCAAUUAUUUAUAUUAAACUAAUGCUUGCGGAACAUUGGUUCAGUGUUCAGUUGUUAAAUGUUUUGAGAUUGUGAUUUAGAAAUGUCUUGUAUGACGACACCAUUUCACUUGAAGGUGUAUAGAGCUGCUGCUUGAAAAUGUUGGUUGUGUGCAAAGAAAAACAAAAAAGAAUGAAAAAGACACUUCAAUAAAAGUUUUGUAAAGUAUGCUGCUGACAUGAUCUCAGCAAAUCGUGAGAUGUAUUUGUAAAAUUCUAACAGAAAAAAAUACUAUUUGGCUUUUAAUGAGCCAUUAUAUUAAAUUCUGGAGUAAAGAUUUUAACAGAAUUGAACUCAAUAUUUUUACAAUUUGUAUUGGCAGUUAGGAAUAUUGUAGGUUUAUUUAUAUUGGAGUAAAAUGAAGAGUAGUUACGUAAUUAUUUCCUGUUGUAGCAAUAACUGUUAUCUUUAUUGAAAAAUUAUUUAAUAAGAUACUAAGAAUUUAUAGAAAUUAUUCAUUUUUAGAUAAUCAAUUUAGUUAGUUUAUUAGAUUAAUCAAUUUUCAUAAUUUCUAUACACAUCUAAUUUUAAUUACUGAAUAAUGCCCACUUUAAUAUAAAUAUAAUAAAUUUGAGUAUGUUGUUAGACUGGUAUUUUUAGCCACUUGUGUGUUACUGGGGGAAUAUCUAUGCAAUUUAUUGAGAAUCAAAAGUAAUUUAUUCUUGCUGAAUAAAAACUUGCAAUAGUUUGCCAACAGUUUUUCAAUAUUUGGCUAUUGAACUAUUGAAAGUUAUGCAUUUUAAAAUUUUUCUAAACUAUCAAUUGGCAAGAAAAAAUAUCUAUAUUUUGCUAUUCAUCUUGUCAUGGAUUUUUUUAUAGGCUUAAGAAUUUUCAGAAGUUCUUGUACAUAAAAUAAUUUCAUGACUGCCAUCAGAAAGAUCAUUAAAACUUACCUCCAUCCACUUCAUUUAUUCAAGAUAACAUUUUACAAUCCUCUAUCUUAGUAUUAAUAUUUUAACCCUCAACAAUGAAUUAUUUGAACAUCCCUGAAAUCAAUCAUCUUCCUUUUAAAGAUGGCUUAAUGUAUCAUCUCUUCUAAGAUGUCUCUGUUGCCUUGGUAAUGAGGCCAUGUCGGUCAGAUUUCCUGCCUGGAAUCUUAGUUUGUUUACCUAAUACCUGUCAUAAUUCUAGUGGUGAAGCUGAAGUAUUAUAAAGUCUUUUUGUCAAUGCAUUCAGGCUUCAAAUGCCUAUGUUUCACUUGAUAAUAGUGACACUUUCAUAACUGAAAAUUUUCAGACGAAAAUAAAUUUAAAAAAAAAAACAGAAACGCAUACAAAAAAUAAUAUAAACAGAAAUCACCUUUGAGGCAUUGAACAAAAACUUUCAAAGAUUUUUCUUUUUACUGCACAAAUGGAUUUCAGUUUUGCAAUGAGGAGAGAAAAUAGUUUUCUAUCUGAUGAUAGAAAAUUAAAAAUUUUAGCAAAGUGUGCUGGUUCUUCUCUAAGUGAAAUUUUUACAGUGUUUGUUAUUUAAAGUUAAAAGACACUGGAAAAAAAUGUUCAUUCAGCUUCUCCAUCAAUAAAUUGGGGUAGACAUUUCUUGAAUUUCUACAACAACGAUAUUCAGUAUUGAUAUAAGGAGUUUUCUUAUAUUUUGAGAUGUAUAUGCAUAUCUUAAUUUAUAAAGAAUUAUGUGACAAUGGUUCAUUUUUAGGAGGAAAGUAUUAAAAGUCUGUUUGAAUAGGAAUUCUUUUUCUUUUUUUUUUUUUUUAUCAUGUAUUGUAAACUAAGAAUUUUUGCUAGCCUGUACCAGGUUUCUUGAAUUUGUGAUGGAAAUUGCAUUCUUUCUAUUCUGAACGGUUAAAAUUUAUUCAUGAUAUUUAACUGUUUUUCUGGAUACUAUUGAAUCUUCCUCAUAAGUGUACUAGUAGUUAAAAAGACUUAGCAAAAAGAAAAAUUGAUGGUAUUUUAUAGAAGUAACCAGCCGAAUAUUAAUAUUCUAAAAUUGCUGUACCACCUAAUCAAACGAACCUUCAUUGUAUUUAAUUUAAUUUUUCUGCUUUCCUUAUUAUUCAUUGUUCCUUUCUCUCUGCAUAUUCGAACAAGAUACUGAAAUACUUUAGAAUUCUAUUUGAAAUCUGUUUAUAUAGCUGCUGUAAUUAUGUCAAGUAUUAUGAGGAGAGGAUAUUCUUUCUUGUCGUAGGGUGCGAUAGCUUAGUUCUUAAAAGAAUAUAAAAAUUUGAUAUACCACGUCCACUUCUGAAUUGUACUUAUAAGUACAAAAUUUGAACAACUCUAGAUUAUGAGAGAUAAUUCAACUACCUCACAAUAUGGUGGAGGAUUUAUUGUUAAAAUAUUUGACAUACAAACCCCUAAAUUAACAUGAAUUCCUAUCCUUCAUAAUGAUUCAGAUUAAUACAUACGGGUAGGUAUCAUUUAAGAUACUAUCGAAUAUAUCCUUAUCCAACCAACUCUAUUUUAUCUUUAUUUUCUCCUACCUAUUCUGACUCUGGAAGAUACUUUCUUCUCCAUUUUCUCUCUAGUCACUCUGUAUUAGUUAGUUUUACUUGUUUAUUUCUUCACUUUCAAUCUGCACUUGAGCUAGUUUCAUUGCCUACUGGAAAGUUUCUGUAAAACGUCAAAAUACUUCUCGUUUAGUUACUGAAUUCUGGACAAAAAGGAUUUAUCUUUUCAAUGCUAAUUGAUAUUUCUGCCAUAUAAGCGGUAAAUUAGUGAUAUGUGGAACUAUAAAUUUCUUUCUGUGUAUUGGACUCUUUGGCAAACCUUUGACUAAUUGUCUACUUGUACUAUCUAGAUAUCAACAGACAAUAUGAAUGUUUCAAAUUCUUUAUAUGCUACAUUUUAAAGAUUCCAUGUUUGUUAAAUCAUACUUUUAGUUCAGUGUUGGCCAUUAUUGGUUGCAAGUUAUUUCAUUGUUAUUCAACAUUAGACAUAAUACCGAAAAGGUGUUUCGGUCUAUGUAAUGUAUGCGAUAAGACCAGUCAGAACAGAUAGUUACAUUGACUGGAGUCCAAUUUAUAAAACUUGUUUUUAAUAACUGUCGCAGACUAAGGGUGCUAGAACCACUGCCGAAUAAAACCUUGCCAUGAAGAAGAAGAGGAAAAAAAAUUACUAUAUUCAGGGCUUUGUUCCUGCAGAAACAUAGUCUUGAAAGUUUAACUGCAGUCUUCAAGACUUGCUGUUUAUAAACUGCUGAUCUUUUCUGAACCAUUUUAUACCAUGUAGUGUAUUGAAUAGAGAAGAAUGAGAUGUUUUGCUGUUUUAUUUCUAUUUAAUCAGGUAGUGGAUUGAACUAUUUCUCAUUCUCAUAACAUUUCUUCGAUAUCAUUGCUAUCAAAUGUUCUCAUCCAUUGACAUCAGUUUCCUGUUGUUGUUCUUGUUGUUGUUGUUGUUGUUGCAAACUGCCUUUUCCAGAGACAGUUUCAACUCUCAGAUUCUUGUUUUUCUUUUCUUCUGCCAUAACUGUAGCUGAUGCUACUAAUGUUACUAUUUGCACUGCUACUACUAUUCGUUAUUUCUCUGUUCCAUUUCAUUAGUGACACUAUUAGAUUUUUACGUGGUAACAAAAUGCUAGAGCACUAGAUCUAUAAUUACUUAGUGUUUUACAUUUCUUUCUAUUAAUUACUUGUAGAGAUAUUAAGUGGAAUUCAGUUAAUUUUUAAAGAAUCAUCUGAGCGAAAAUAUAAAUCAUUAUCAUAUUCGUUAAUCUACAGUUUGCACAAAAAUAAUUAUUCCAAGACCACUAGUGCUAGUAAGACUUUGAGCAAGUAUUACAAGAAACUUUUCCAUGUUAUCUUUAUUGUUGAGGCAGGUUUAUUGAUCUUAUCGCCUCUUGUUUAGGCAAUGUCUACAUUAGCCUUAAGUUUAAUCUCCUCUAAUUAAAAUCCCAGAUUUUUACUGCUGACUUAAGUGCUCACACAUCAAAUGGAUUGUUUAAAAUACUUGCCUGCUCGAUGGAUCCAUGCUGGCUAACUCUUCACUUUAUCUUAUGUGAAGUGUUAAGUCAAAAUAUUUCCAGAAGGACGUUACAGAUGGUUUCAAAAUAUUUUUUAAGAUGACUGCUUGAAACCCGAAAAAGUACAUCUAAGUCUGUAUUUGUUGAUAUUCAUUAUCAAAGACUUAAAAAUGUAUUUCUUUGUUUUAAAACUACAUUUGUUCUAGUCACAAGAAAACUCUCCUUUAUCUUCUAUUUUAGGUUAUGAAAUCUGAAAUUUUACAGUUUAUUAAAAUCAUAUUUAACUGGCGCUCUUGAACAAUUUAGCUGUUAUUGUUAAAAUGAAAUAUUGCGAAAAUUUUAUUUUCCUGAGUUGUUCAUGAGCUGCAAACAUUUGGACAUGUGAUCUAGUGACUGAUGCGAUUACGUGUUGGGUAUCAUGAUAGAUAAAUGUUGAAUAUCUGAAUUAUAAAUUGGUACCAACUUGAAAGUUAUUUUUCUUUCUUUUUUUUUUUUUUUCUAUUAAAUCCUCUUGAGAAAAUAUAGUGCCUCUCAACUUAUAUAUAUUUGUAUGGCACUUGACAUAUAUCGUAAUUUUUCUUACUAAAUUUACAAUUAGUUAACUGCCCACCUUUUUCUGAUCUGAAAUAACUGUUACGCCAUUGUAUGUUUAAAUAUUUAUGUAAUGUUGUAAAACAACUGGUAUUAUGCCAGCAAUUGUUAGUGGUUUUCAUAUGAAUAUUUUAAUAUUGGAAGUUUUAUCUGUUGACGUUUGUCGUUUGUUGCCAAAGCUUUAAACCAGUCCCUGUAAGCUAUAUAUUGCCUCAAUUUUGCAUGUUGUUUUGUGCUACCUACCAGAGACCAAACAUUUAAAGUCUUUAUUUCGUCCGUUAUGUCUUAAAAAUGAAUAUUAAGCUUAAAAAGAAAGAAAAAAAACAAUCUGUUGGGGAAUUAGUUAUUGGUUCACUAAGCUAUUUGCUUGGGGGAGUCCUGUAAAGUAAGUAUGCGAUACAAGAGUAUAUUUACUAGGGGAGUUCUGCAUUGCAAGAGUCUAUUUUGUUAAUCACUGGAGGUAUUUAUAGAAAAUAUUGUGUAUACGCUUCAGACGGAUGUAUCAAAACUAAGUGAAAUUUAUAGCUGAACAAAAAUCUAUAGGAACUGCAAACAUUUUUUUAAGAAUCUGUCUAUAAGCAUAAAGAUUAACAAAAUUUAAGGUGGAAGAAAAAAAAAAAAGCAAAUGGUUCAUCUAUUUUAUAUAUCAUCAUUCGUCUGCAUUUACAUCGCUGGAUAUGCAAAGCACCCAUGGUUGUGUUAGAUUAAGAUGGUUUAGCAAUUAUAAGUAAGGAAGAAGCAAGCUAUGUUAAUCUCUAAAGCCAUUAGCAUAACAUCAUUAAGAGUACAGUGGGAUGAGUGUUGGCAGUUUUGUAACUUCAAUGCAUGUUCUUGGUAAGAUGGCAGUUAUAAAAGAUCAUUUGCCACACUGGCUGGGAAACCUAUUGAGUUUGUCUUUUUAAUCACUUUUCACUUUCCAAUUUAAAAUAUCUUAUUUGAAAUUAGCAACCAUCAGUUUUAAUGUCUUGUUAUUUGCUUACACUUGCUUACUCACUAUAUUUAAAUAGAGUUUCAACACAGUAGUAGUCAGAGGAAAAUCUUUUUAGUCUUUUUUUUCAAUCUUUUUUUUUUUUUUUCUUCCAGUCUCUUGGUUCAAUCUUUUUUCCCAGUGCAAUUGUUUUUGUUUCUGCCAGAAGGGUGAGUGGGAAACGUUCGAAAUUCGAACAUUGCUAAGUUAAACCUGGAAAAUCUGAAGUAAAAUGUAAACAUCAGGAAGGUAUGUUUUGUGUUUGAGAAAACAGAAGUAUUUAUUGGUGUUGCUGUAGCUAGUUACACCGCUUCGGUCUUCUAGAUUAAAAAAAAAAAAAUGAAAUUUCUAACUAUAACAGCGUGAUGCGUAUGUAAAAGGGUUAAGAUAAAUGGAUAUUCAGAUGAGAUACAAAAUUAGUUUGGUUUUUUUUUUUUUUAUCAUCUGAUAAAGUUCAAAGCAAGAAAGGUUAACCGACAUUAUGCUGAGAGGAGUAAACACCCUAAGUAUGAAUGUAAUUUAUGUAUGCAUGUGUUGUAUGUAAUGAAUAUUUCUAGGUUUAAGGUUCUCAGUUUAAUACUUGCUUGCUUGUAUCUUAUAAAGUCAGAAGAAAAAGAAAAAAACUGAAAUGGCUGUAAUCCAUAUAGGACCCUUGCUAUUAAGAGCACAAAAACAAAGGGUAAUUUUCAACAUUGAAGUCAUGCAGUUGUCAGUUUUCCUCAAGACAUUCCCUUAUAUAGACUGUCCACUACUAAAAGUUCAAUAAACAAUUUUUCUUCGACCUUUGGUUGUUGCUGAUCUUUUCUUUUUGUUUUGUUUUUUUCUUUUCUUUUUUCUUAUUUUAUUGCAUUUAUUAUCAGUUGCAUAAUUUCAGUUUUUUUUUUUUUUUGAAAUUUUUUUUUUUUUUAAUCUCAGAUGAUUUUUUCCCCACUUUUUUUUUUUUUUUUAUUUAACUAAACAUUUUUUUGUUUCUGCAAAAUAGCAAACAGCCAUUACCAUUUACCUGGACUCUAUUUUGUUGAAAGAAGAGAAAGAAAAAAAAAAAUUAUCCACCGAAACCAGAUUGAUAUUUCGAGUGAAUAAAUUUAAGCAAAUGAUGGUUG